AUGACUGUUACAGAGAUUCAAGCUUCACCCGUUCAGCGUAGUGCGGUAGCCAUCGUUGGUAUCGCUGCUGCACUUCCGAGCGGCAUAUUCGCGGACCAUGACCUUGGCUUCGCUGAAUUCCAUGACUUCUUACUCAAGAAGGGCGAAGCGUACACGGAAGUCCCACGUGAACGGUUUAAUACACACUCGUUUAUGAUGAGGUGGGCGGGUGAUGCUCUAGGAAAGGUGGCUACGACGCAUGGCGGCUUUCUCAAGGAUGUCGACAAAUUCGAUCACCUCGAGUUCGGUAUAUCGGCGAAGGACGCUCGCGCGAUGUCGCCGAGUACUAGAAAGCUUAUUGAGCUAUCUUUCCUCGCGCUUUUGGACUCGGGCAUAGAUUAUCGAGGCCGGAACGUCGGCUGUUACGCUACAGCAACGAAUCAUGACAUUAUGAACAUCGCUGAACCCGAUCUUACUGAGGCUAGAGGGUCGUUCGCGGGCAUGCCUUGCAUGGUCGCUAACAAAAUAUCAUAUCAUCUUGAUCUUCGGGGACCAUCCAUUCCUAUGGACACGGCGUGCAGCUCGAGCCUUACUGCGACUCAUUUGGCAGUGCAAGCAUUGCGUGCAGGGGAAUGCGAAGCCGCCGUUGUAAGUGCUUGCCAACUCAAUCUCAGAUUCUCCAGGAGUGAAGGGGCAGUAUCAAUUGUCCUAAAGCUCUAUGAGAAUGCAGUCAAAGAUGGUGACCAUAUCUAUGCUAAUGUACAACUGUGGGAGAUCCCAUUGAAGCCUCUUGGGUGGGUGAAAAGUUCAGCAAAGAUGGAGAACUGCUGCCAUCUUGAGAUUACUGCAUUUCUUGCAUCUAUCUGCAAGGUCUGUGGUAUCAUGGAGACUGGUGUUAUUCCACCAAAUGUCAACCUCAAAGUGAAGAACCCUGCUAUCCCAUGGGAUCAGUAUAGACUCCAUGACAAGGUCCACAGCAUAUGGAAACUCUUCGCCAGAUUUGAAUCCUUCCGCACGACUAUCCAAGAACUUGACCAGAUUCAUCUUGAGCUUACUGGGACAUCCCUCCUUCAGGAUGUCGGGCUAUUUGGUCCUGCCACGACAGUUAAGCCCCUUCCGAACAUCUGGCCAAUCAGGAUUAUCCUGCCGUCUCUCCUCAUGGUGCAUAUUGCCCUUCAUGACCUCCUCGUCAAGCUCGGUGUGCAGCCCGACAUUGUCAUGGGCCAUUCGGCAGGCGAAACCGCCAUGCUCUAUGCCUGUGGUGCGGGAUCGAAGCGUAUGGCGAUGGAAAUCGCUGUUAUGCGUGGGAAAGUCAUGGAGGCCGUCGAGCAGGCAAGGGGAGCCAUGGUGGCUUUGUCGUGCGCACCACACCGUGCUCAAGCUAUCAUCCACGCGGUCAGGACUUCCGACUCAGACGAUCCAAAGCAUGGCCGAGCCCUGGGUAUUGCAUGCUACAACGGUCCCGAGGCUGUUGCCAUCGCUGGUGACGAAUACUCAAUACAACGCGCCGUCGACGUGGCCCAAGAGCAAGGCAUCCUGUCGCGAAGAAUCCAGACUGGCGUCGCGGUGCACUCAGCUCUGAUGGAGCUCUGCCGCGAGGAGUAUUGCGCACGACUUACCGAAAUAUAUCAGCGCCAUGGCGAGGACCUGUUGAAUCCUCGCGUCACGACCUAUUCUACUGCGACGGGUAUGCGACUCCGGCACUUCACGGCUGAUUAUUUCUGGCGCAACAGUCGGGAUCCUGUACUCUUCGUGCAAGCGGUGCGGCGGAUAUUGCACGACCAUCCGAAUGCGAUCUUCGUCGAGAUUGGUCCUCAUCCCAUUCUGUCGGGCUACCUCCAGGAGAUCGGAGCAACGCCGUCUUCCGUAGCGUGUCCCAUGCGCCGGACGAGGUCUUACGACGCGGGCGAUGAAGAGUUUGCGUUGCUGACCGCGUUGGGCCACGUUGUUGCAGCAGGUUAUAACGGCGUUGACUUCGAUGUCUUGUGCCCUGUCGAGCGGCUGCGAAGCCGUAAGGCUCGGACGCCUCCAUAUCCUUUCUUGAAGAAAACGGUUGCCUACCUACCGGAGUUUUCACCCCUUCUGCGGACGCAGAUUGGGCCUGCACUAAGGCCCUUGCACGGGAAUAGCCUACGGGUCAGCUACAUGACGCAUCCCGACAUCGCGCAGCAUAUCAUCAACCACGAGCCCAUCAUGCCUGCGAGCGGCUUCCUAGAGAUGGACGUGGCGGCUUCAACUCUCCACGCUGAGGGCUACAUGCUCUGUGAUCAACCUGACAUUGGGGCCUGUGUUGCGACAAAGAUUGAUCUUGGCGACCUCCUUCGUAGUCGUGAGCUCCAUGACGCACAAGACUUCUAUGCCGACCUCAAGCACUUUCAGUAUGGUUCUCAUUUCCGCCUCAUAUCACGCUGUCAUUUCGGCAAUAACGACGUUCUGGUGGAGGUUAGAGCCCUCGAAGACGACUCGACAUCGAUGUAUGUCGUGCCUCCGAACAUCCUCGAUGCCUGCAUACACGUGGUCGCCCACCCACGCUUCACAGCUAAUUAUGAUCCCAAUGCCUACUACCUACCUUCGUUGUUAUCGUCCUUCCGCCUUGACGAUGUCCCGACGAACUCCACAUUCCGCGAGAAGGUCUACGCCUAUGCAGUACUUAGGCAGUGGCUCCCAGAUCAGGUCAUAAGCGAUGUGUUCGUUUUCAGCAAAUCUGGCCGCAAGAUCUGUACUCUAGAAAACCUCGUCGUGAGCCGUCACUUGAACGAACCGAUUUCGGCCGUGUCAAAGCGUUUCACGCUGGUCCACGAGCUGUUGGCUAUGUCCACACAGGCUUCACCAGAUCUACAGAACGGGAUUGAGCACAUGCCCUCGGCUGCUCUGGUCGGAGAACGCUCAACGGACAUGACCAAGAUUCCACAGACUCUGUAUUACCAACUCGGCCACGAAACUGCGAUUCAAGCCAACAUACGGCAUCUCGACGUCAAUGCACCGCUCUCCCUUUGGUUCAUCGCAAAAACCCAACGAGAUGGAGAUGCCGCGAGAGGGUUUACCAGGUGUCUACGGCGCGAAUUCCCGCAGUGGGACAUCGGGUUGCUCACUUGCACAGACGAAAUGCCAGAAGUCGAUAUCAUCAAGCACAUCCGCCUCUUAACUCGCAGGGCGGGAUCAGACCGGGAAUUCGUCCUCACCAAGCACGGCGAAAUCCUGGUACCCCGCUUCCGUGCAUCCUCCUCGCCUGGAACCCAAGCAUCAUCUUUGAUCCGCUCAGCUCUCCCUGUGGUCGUUACCGUCGUAUCGGACGCACCUCGUCGCACUAUCAUGACGCUGCAUCGCGACUGCCUUACUCGUAUACACGACGAAUCUGCCGCACAUGACAUUGCAGCGGUCUCGCCCAGCAUACUCGCUGUGGGGAUGCUGCUGGGCGCAGAUGCUUUCGCCGGCGCCGGACGUGGAUUGCCAGGCCGAAUCUUUGUCGUGUCCGAUGGCUCCGAGUUGGGACAACACCUCAUAUGGUUCUUUCGACAACUGAAUGUGCAUCCUGUUGCCUUGGACGCUCGCAGUCUGCCCGUCACCCUUGCGCGUCUCUCCCUCCAAACCCCGGAUAUCAUAGUCUGUGAGUGCACCCGCGAUGCUGACAUCGCCAGAACGUUCGCCGGCAGCGGUGCUCGCGUCUUCGAUUGCUCCGACGGCAAUAAUCUGAUUCGACAUACGAUCGCAAGCAAUCCCUACCUCAUCGGGGAGACGUUGCGGCUCGGACUGGAGAAGCUUGUUAGCUCCGAGUUUCCAACUGAUCGAGCUACUCCUCCCACUCAAACUGCUCUUGACGCUCACGCGGAGAAACCGAUCGAACAAGAAGAACAUGACGCUCUCUUCAAGGCCGACGAGACCUACAUACUGAUCGGUGGUAUUGGAAGUUUAGGGCUUCACGUUGCGCGUUGGAUGUACGACGUGAGUCCCAGCACGUUUCUGCAAGAGUGUCUCGUGCUAAUUGAAGGUCAGGGGGGCGCUCGCUCCAUUAUUCUGACAUCGCGCUCUGGACGGGCAUCCCUCGAGCGCGCGAACAACAUCCUCGCUUUGCGUAUUCUCCGAUAUCUCGAGACCCGACCCGAUCUGUCUCUCAAGCUGGAGGCGUGCGACGCCGUAUCGCAGAGCGCGUUGCAAGCUCUGCUCUCCAACCCUGAGCAGCGGAUCGCAGGCUGUAUACUUCUCUCGGGCGUUCUCAUGGACCGCAUGUUCCUUUUCCAAGACGCCGAGAGUUUCGAGGCCGUCUUUCGUCCCAAAGUGCAGGCAUUCGAGGCCCUCGAGGCUACGAUGGACAUUGAAUCACUGGACUUCUUCGUAGCCGUUUCGUCAAUCGCGACGUUUGGAAACAUUGGACAGACCAACUAUGCUAGCGCAAAUACGGCUCUUGAGGGAAUGAUGAUGCAGUAUAGGAAUGCCUUCGCUAUCGUUGCACCUGCUAUUGUCGACACGGCCUCUGUUGCGAGCCAGGCUGGCGAUGUCCAUGGUCCGAGGACGGAACUGAAUCACUUAAUGGAAUGGGCAUUCUCGUCCGAAGAGUUCUGCAAUUACCUCGAGGACGGAAUACACAAGCUCGCAGACGGACCCGUAGGUCUCUACGUCCCCGACUUCAACUGGGACCUUGUUCACCAACACAUGGGCCCUCGCCUCUCUACGAUCAUCUUGCUACGCCGUCCGGAGCACGAGGCGCUGAACCGAGAAGCCGCACUGCAGGAUAUUAUUCUACGACACCUGGACAUCCAGAUGAAUGAGUUCUCCCCCGAAGUUCCUUUGACAUCAUACGGGAUCGACUCGCUGUCUGCGGGACGCAUCGCCCUCGCCAUUAGGCCGUAUCUCUUCGUGUCCUCGAUGCAGCUCCUGGGUGGGCUCAGUAUGUCCGCCCUCUACGACAGGCUCCGUGAAACAGCGCCGGCCCCGACGAGCUCGGCCCAAGCGUCGCACCGGAGCACGACGGCGGAAGACACCGAGCUGCAGACGAUAGUGAAGUUCGUCGACGUGGAGGAGGGUGGUCCGCCUCUGUUCAUGGUCCACGGAGCGCCGGGAAACGUGACGACGAUCGCGCCCGUGGGCCAGCACAAGUGGGCGAAGCCCUUUUGGGCGGUACAGACCACCCCGGACACGCCCCUGCACUCUCUCCGCGCCAUGACCCAGUUCUAUUGCCAGCGGAUCCGGGCGGUGCAACCGCGAGGCCCCUACCGCGUCGGCGCGUACUCGGCGACGACCGUCAUCGCGUUCAUGCUGGCCGAGGAGCUGCUCGAUGCGGGCGAGGAGGUCGAGCGGAUAUACCUCCUCGACCAUUCCCCGCUGCUCUUCAUCUCGCCGUACCUGGAGCCUGACGCGGAGUCUGCAAGAGAGCGGAGACCGUCGCACGAGUUGGUGCUGCAAGCGCUGCAGACGAUGCUGGCGCUGCUCCGCGCGGACCCCGCUCCGUCCCGGCACAUGAUGGCCCAGAACUACGAGGACAUCUCGCACGGGGUCCCCGGGACGUCCUACGACCGGGUCUGGGAGCUGUUCCAGUACAUCGUGAAGGGGACGUACGAGUUCCUGUUCGAGCUCCUGCCUCCGGAGACGCCCUACUCGCUGGACGCGAUGCAGGACGCCGUCGUCGCGUGGCUGCGGUCCAUCAAGGCGCCCGUGACGUUGGUCGUGGCGAGGGAGGGCGUGCUCGGGGAUAUGAGGAGGAUCGUGCCGGACGGGAGCUGGGAUGCGUACGGCUUGGAGAGGGCGUUCCCGGAUAUGCGUCGGGUGGAGGUGCCGGGCACGCAUUUCAGCAUGUUUUUCGAGCAGGUUCUUGCCGAUGCCUUGCAGACGUGA